AUGAGAGUUGCUUCUUUUCUAUGUAUUAUAUUUUGCUUUUCUGCAAUUAAUGCGUUACCUAUUUUUGAAAUACCAAAUGAAUAUGAUAAACAGGGUCAACGAUGUCCUUUAUAUCCAAAGUAUAAUGUAAAAUGUCCAGUUUUAUGUGUAAAGAGUUACGAUCUUUGUCCACCAGCCUUAGCACCCAAAUGUCCUAGCGGUUAUGAAUAUUGUGUGGAUGGCACCUGUCAAAAAUCGUGUGCUCCUGAUACGACUCAUUUAUGCUCGUGUAACGAUCCGAAUUCCCCUCUUUUACUCCCGUGUUCGACUACACAAAUCAUCAAUAUUACACAUGCGAAUCCACAAGAACUAGCAUUACAGACAAGGAAUAUAUGUGCUGCAGAUGCCAAAAUACCCAAUGCAUCAGCCAUUGGCAUUUGGGGCUAUCCAAGUGGUUCAACCUCUGAUUUAGUUUGGGCUGAAUGUCCUGCGUUACCUGAAGCAGGUUUUACAUACCGUGAACCGAUGUGGAUCGUUAUCUGGUCUAUCACUGCCUUUGAAGCCUUCUUGUUAAUCAGUUGGAGAUUCUAUAAAUACUUUAGAGAACGAAAGUUUAAUACCAUGACCUUGAAGCCAUUUUCGGGGACAAGCUCGGAUAGUGGUAUCAAUGAAAAACUCCCCAUAGAUCCGAACGAGUCUAACUUGAGAAAUGUAGAUAAACGACAAUUGAUAAUAUCAAAGUCUGCAACAAAGGAGAUUGCAAUAGAAUCAAGUAAAGGGUCACAUAGUGAAAAUACCUCAGAGACUUCUUCUCUAAAGGAUUCAGAACGGCUAAAAUUUAGAGGUUUUAAAAAUGAUUAUUAUGGAUUAUUUGUAUUUGGAUCAGUUAUCGUCAUUACUAUUUUAUUUUUCGUCUUUUUGGGUUGUAUUGUAGGCGAUUAUUAUGGGAAAUUAGAUGGUGGUGUAUUACACGUUUUUAAAUCUACAGACACAUCUGAAAAGGUUUUCUGCGCAGUAUGGCAUAUUUCUGCUGCUUGGUUUUGUACAGUAAUGCUUUUUAGAAAUAGACUACAAAAUUAUUUCAGAAUAGAAUCAUUUCCUCAUUUAUGUCCAUAUAUUCAAGUUGAACAUCAACAAGAUGAGCUUAUCUUUUUAGAUGAUGGAAACAAAUGGAUAACAAAGUUAAGAAGCUUAGAACGACGUAUUUCUAGACGUUUAAGUAUGAAUAUUAUUGUAAAUACUUGUCCUGUUCAUACUACUUCUAGUGGCUUGCUUUAUUUUGAAUUCCAAUGCAUGAGAUAUAUCUAUAACACUGAGAAAAGACGAUUUGAACCUUUUGAAUUUGAUCUUGGCUCAACAAAUAGAAAACUACGAAGUUGGAUAGGUGGAAAUAAUACAAAUGAUGCUAUUUAUCGACAAGAUCUUUUAGGCCCUAAUAUUAUUCCUGUUUAUGUUCCAUCCAUACCAUGGGCCAUUAUUCAAGAGUUUAGUUCAUUUUUGUAUCUUUAUCAAAUGAUGUGUAUGUGGGUGUGGUAUUAUUUCCAAUAUUACCGUAUGGGUCUUGUUCAAACAUGUAUUAUUUUGACUUCAGCUUUUGUGAGAAUCUUUUUAAGAUUAAGGGCAGAGAGACGUAUCAAGUCAAUGGCCGAAUAUGUAACCAAUGUUGCCAUUUAUCGUGAUGGAGAAUGGAAAGAAAAUAUGUCCAGCGAUCAGCUUGUACCUGGUGAUAUAUUUCAAAUUGAUGAGCAUAUUCAGGUGCCAUGUGAUUGUGCUAUUAUUUCUGGUACAGUGGUUGUGAAUGAAUCUGCACUUACAGGUGAGGCUAUGCCUAUUCGUAAAGUUCCAUUACCGAAUGAUGACAAUAUCUAUGAGAUGAAUGGCUCUGGUAAAAUGAAUACACUUUAUGCUGGUACUUUUGUCUCUCAAAUAACGCCUGAUAUCAAUCAUGAUGGACAACAAGAAGAGAGAGUCUAUGCCCUUGUCCUUCGAACAGGUAUUACAAGCGAAAAGGGUAUGUUGAUCCAUAAAAUUCUUUUCCCAUCCCCUGUCAGUUUUAUCUUUGAUGAACAUAUUAAGGUUGUGAUCUGUAUCUUACUUAUUUGGGGUUCGGUUGCCUUUGGCAUCACUCUUUAUUUGAUGGGACGUGGCGAUAUUACGAGUUGGUUUUAUGGUAUGUUUAUCAUAUCUGAAAUUUUCUCUCCUUUACUUCCUGCUGCCUUUACCAUUAAUCAGUCCGUCUGUGCUGCUCGUUUACGUAAAAAGAAGAUUUUAUGUAUCGAUUUACCUCGUAUUAAUCUAUCAGGCAAAGUACGUAUAUUCUGUUUUGAUAAAACGGGUACAUUGACAAAGGAAGGGUUGAAUUUCUUUGGCUCUGUUGCUGCUCCUAACUUUGAGGAAAGGGUUCAAGACGCCUUAGAGAUGGAACCUUUAUUGGCUAUGGGUAUUGCCACAUGUCAUGCCGUAACCAAAGUAGGGGAUCAAUUUAUUGGAAACCCUGUUGAUAUUGAAUCCUAUAAUUCAAUGAAAUGGGAAUUAAUACCUACCACAAGUCCGGAUUAUCUGGAUAGUAUUCUGCCCCCCGUUGGAUCAAAGAACGUACUAAAGAUGAAGACACGUAUGCCUGUUCAUAUCAUUCGUCGUUGUGAAUUUGUCCAUGCUCGAGCAUCUCAAUCUGUUGCUGUCCUUGAUCCUUCUGAUAAUCAUGUUCAUGUCUUCUUGAAGGGAUCCUUUGAACGCGUCAAGCAUCUGUCAACAUCUGAAUCGAUUCCAUCCAAUUAUGAUACAGUUUCUGCUAAAUAUGCGCAGGAAGGUUGUUAUGUACUAGCUCUUGCUCAUCGUGAUAUGGGUGAAUUAGGUGUAGACAUUACAAUAGAACAGAUUAAGCACAUGAGUCGUGAUGACCUUGAAAUCGGUUGUCAUUUUAUCGGCUUUAUUUUAUUUAAAAAUAUGCUCAAGGAGGAUACGACGGAGGCCAUUCAACAAUUGAAAGAAGGUGAUGUACGACCUGUGAUGAUCACAGGUGAUACAGCUCUAACAGGUAUCUUUAUUGCACGACAAUGUGGCAUGAUUUCAGCAGAACAAACAGUUUUAUUGGGAGAUCUUGUACAAGGGAAGGUCAUUUGGCACAAUGUAGAUACAGGGGAUCGUAUUGAGGAUGUAGAUAGUUUCCUUGAGAGUGACCCCCGUGAUGAUCAUCAAAAGAUGAUUGAAUUGGCUUUAACUGGUCGAGCCUUUGAAUUUCUCAUUAAUUGUCAUCAAAUGCGAAAGUAUUUGCUCUUUACUCGUGUCUUUGCUCGUAUGACGCCUAAUAAUAAGAUUCAAUGUGUACAAUUGCAUAUGGAAAAGGGUAUUACUGCUAUGUGUGGUGACGGUGGUAAUGAUUGUGGUGCUCUUCGUGCUGCUCAUGUAGGCAUCGCCCUAUCGGAAGCUGAAGCAUCUAUGGUAUCACCUUUUAGUACUAGUAAUAGAUCAAUUAUGCAGUGUGUUGAGUUAUUAAAACAAGGUCGAUCUGCAUUAGCUACAAGUUUCUCAAACUAUAAAUUCCUUAUCUUUUAUGGUGAAUCAAUGGCAUUUUGGGAACUCAUUCAGUUUUACUUUUCAGUUAUUGCUCCCCAACCUAUUUGGAUUACUAUUGAUGGUUUUAUCACAACUACUAUGACUUUUGCUAUUACUCAAGCACUCCCAGCAAAGCGAUUAGGUCCUUCAAGACCAACAGCUAAGCCAUUAGGUGUAUAUACGCUUGCCUCAUGUUUAGGUGUAAUCUUCAUUAACUUUUGGUUUUUGGUCACAAGUGUUGUCUGGUUGUUUCAACAGGAUUGGUUUCUAUGUCACGAAUUUGAUAGUUCGUCUAUUAAUGCUGCUGAAUGGUGGCUUUUAGGUGAUAAUUAUGAAGCCGAAGUUAUUUCACUAGUUGUUCUUUUCCAAUUUUUCAAUAGCGGUGCUAUUGUUAAUUUUGGAUCUGCCUUUAGACGUUCUUGGUGGAGAAAUUAUGUGUUGGUUUUUAUUUAUUGUUGUUUCUUUAUUCAUACAAGUUUCCUCAUUUUAGCUGAUCCCAAUCCAUAUAGUUGCAUUUUCCGUAUCAACUGUGGUACAGCAUCAGUACUUCACUCACUUGGAUACCCCUAUCCCUAUUGGAAAAUCGAGCCUUACAAUUCACCUUUCGGAAAUAAUGUAUUACCUAAACGGUUCCGUUGGAAGCUUUGGGGAUUUGUCCUUGGUAAUUGUUUAGUUAAUAUUAUCUGGGAACGUGUUAUUGUUCUAUGGCUUGUCAGAAACUGGGCAAUCAAAGCAAAUAAGAAAAAGCCUAGAAAAGGUAGAAUUCUUAUGAAACUUUAA